CGCGUGUCCUCUCGUAGCUAAAUCGGGGUUGAAGAAGUCUUGCUGAAAUGGGUAGGGAGGACGAAAAGGCAGUUGAAAGCCGCUGCGACGACCCUGAGGAGGAGGAGGAAGAAGAAGAACUUGUGGAUCCUUUAACAAUUGUCAGGGAAGAGUGUGCAAAGAUAGAAGAAUGUGGAAAAGCUCUGGAGCGUUUAGAGCAGUGUAAUACUCGAGUAUCCUCCAGAACUCAAACACUGGAAGAGUGUACAGAGGAGCUCUUUGAAUUCCUGGAAGCUAGAGACCAUUGUGUAUCUCGGAAACUCUUCUCCAAACUGAAAUAAAUGUUUAUUCAACCACAUCUACUCCUUCACAUCUGACAAAAACUUCAUAGAUAUGUGACCUGCUUCUGUGAAAGAUUGAACCUGUGUUUCAUAGUAUUCUGUAUUCUGCAGAAGAUUUGCAACAUUAACCAUUUCUGUACAUUUCCACAUUAAACAUUUACUGUAAAAUAUAAAA